AUGCGGGGAUCUCUGUUCCUCCUCUUGGCGUCCCUCGUCGGUGCCGCUGUCUCGGCGUCUCGAUUCGGCAGCCCCGACGAUUGUCCAGGUUACAAGGUUGUGAACGUCCGUGAGCAGGGUAAUUCCUUUGAGGCAGACCUCACUCUUGCGGGCGACCACUGUGACUGUUAUGGCAUCGACCUGGAGAACCUGAAGCUGUUCGUCGAGUACGAGACUGAUGACCGUCUUCACGUUCUCAUCGCGGAUCUCGAGGAGGACGUCUACCAGGUUCCCACUUCUGUCUUGCCUCGCCCUCCAGCCCACGGUGACCACCACAGCAAGCCCAACAUCCGCUUUGACUACGAGGCUGAGCCGUUCUCCUUCCGUGUCCUGCGCGGUGACCAGGUACUCUUUGACACUACUGAUACCAACCUGAUCUUUGAGAACCAGUAUCUCAGACUGCGGACCUGGCUGCCGGCCGACCCAUACCUAUACGGUCUGGGCGAGCACACCGAUUCUCUGCGUCUGCCGAACAAGAACUACACACGCACUCUCUGGAGCCGCGAUGCCUACGGUAUCCCGGAGAACACCAAUUUGUAUGGCAACCACCCCGUCUACGUGGAUCACCGCGGUGAUGAUGGUACUCACGGCGUGUUCUUCUUGAACUCCAAUGGCAUGGAUAUCAAGAUCGAUCAGACCGAUGAUGGUCGCCAGUAUCUGGAGUACAAUACCAUUGGUGGCGUGCUGGACUUUUAUUUCCUCGCUGGUCCGACCCCCAAGGAUGUUGCCAAACAAUACUCGGAGGUUGUGGGACUGCCUGCGAUGCAGGCUUACUGGACCUUUGGUUUCCACAACUGCCGCUACGGAUACCAGGAUGUCUAUGAUGUUGCCGAGGUUGUCUACAAUUACAGCCAUGCCCACAUUCCACUGGAGACUAUGUGGACUGAUAUCGACUACAUGGAUCGUCGCCGGGUGUUCACUCUGGUUCCGGAGCGCUUCCCACUGCAGAAAAUGCGCGAGCUGGUGGAUCACCUGCACAAGAAUAACCAGCACUACAUUGUUAUGGUGGACCCUGCAGUUAGUGAUAGUGACAACGGUGCCGCCAACCGUGGUAAAGAUCAAGGCAUCUUCCUUACACGCGGCGAGGAACUCUACCAAGGCGCCGUCUGGCCCGGUGUCACCGUCUACCCCGACUGGUUCAACCCCGGCACACAGGAAUGGUGGGAUGGUGAGUUUGCCCGGUUCUUCGACCCCUCCACCGGCGUCGACAUCGACGGUCUCUGGAUCGACAUGAACGAGGCUGCCAAUUUCUGUCCUUGGCCUUGCAAGAACCCCGCUGCCUACGCAGAGGAGAACAACUUGCCUCCAGCUGCUCCAGCUGUUCGCGAGUCCUCCCCGCGUCCGAUCCCUGGUUUCCCAUCUGACUUCCAGCCCAAGAACCCUCCAACCGUCAAGCGGUCUGCCUCGGGCAAGACUCGUCGUGGAAAGGGUACUAAGGCCGGCUUGCCUGAUCGGAACCUGAUCUCGCCGCCUUAUCAGAUUGCCAAUGCGGCUGGGUCGUUGAGCAACAAGACUAUCGAUACUGAUCUUGUGCACAAUGGUGGUGAUUCGUUUGUGGAGUAUGAUACUCACAACCUUUAUGGUACCAUGAUGAGCUCCGCUUCUCGCGUGGCUAUGACUCUGCGUCGCCCCAAAGUGCGCCCUCUGGUGAUUACUCGCAGCACUUUUGCUGGUGCAGGUGCUCACGUCGGUCACUGGCUCGGCGACAACCCUAGCCAGUGGGACAAGUAUCGCGUCUCCAUCUCGCAGAUGCUGGCCUUUGCCUCGAUCUUCCAGAUUCCCAUGGUCGGAUCUGAUGUCUGCGGAUUUGGCGGCAACACGACUGAGGAGCUGUGCGCGCGCUGGGCCACUCUGGGCGCCUUUAACCCGUUCUACCGUAACCACAACGAGCUCGGUUCCAUCUCCCAGGAGUUCUACCGCUGGCCUACUGUCGCCGAUGCUGCCCGUAAAGCCAUCGACAUCCGCUACCGCCUGCUGGAUUAUCUGUACACCGCGUUCCACCAGCAAACGCAGACCGGCGAGCCCUUCCUGCAGCCAUUGUUCUACGUCUACCCCUCGGACGCAAACACCUUCGCCAACGAGGCCCAGUUCUUCUACGGCGACUCCCUGCUAAUCUCCCCAGUGCAGGAAGUCGGUCAAACCUCCGUAGACGCUUACUUCCCCAACGACGUCUUCUACGACUGGCACACGGGCGCAGCUGUCCACGGCCAAGGAGCCACAGUACACCUGGACAACAUCGGCGUAACCGAAAUCCCCAUCCACAUCCGCGGCGGCAGCGUGAUCCCACUGCGCGCAAAGAGCGCCAUGACCACAACCGAGCUACGCCGCCGCCCCUUCGAGAUCCUAGUUGCGCCCAACUUGAGCGGCUACGCCUCGGGCUCGCUGUACCUGGAUGACGGCGAGUCGUUGAACACGGUCAGCAGUGAGAUCGAGUUCGAGUACAACCGGGGCCACCUCACUAUCCGCGGACAGUUCGGGUACCAGGCCAACGUGGUAAUCGAGUCUGUGACCGUGCUGGGAAAGAACCGGCCGUGGAAGCAGAAGCGUGGCGUGGAAUACAAUGCGGCUCGGCACAGUAUCACCAAGAAGGUGGAUAUCGAGUUGACCGGGCCUGUGGAGAUUGACGUUUAG